UUACGUUGCCACCCCCUUGUACGGGCGGGGGGAGAUUUUUUAUGUUAUCUGCGUGAGAUCCAUUGCUUUCAUCGACGAAAGGAAAGGAAAGGAAAGGAGUUACUGGUAAUUGACGCCCGCCUGCACUCUCACGUCAGUCCAGAGGUCCGUGUGAUCAGGAGAGAUGGAUGAGCAAACGAGAAGGCCAUGUUUAAAUUUGGCCGGUCCGGUCGCAAUUUCCUUCGACUGACCUAGCGCAUUCCGGACUUCCGAUCGCAGUUGUGGUCGAGACGACCUGCGGAAGUCUGUCUGAGAGAGGCGACGUGUCGUGAAUUCCGAACGAGAUUCUUACACUGCCGAGCAGGGAAUGCGAGUGAGCAGGAUUCCGUUGCUGAUGCGCAAUUGACCCAAUUCUGUCAAUGCUGUGGUGCGUCUAAUUCGUAGGUUUUUGGACAAGAGAGAGAUAGAGAGGGAGGGAGGGAGGGAGGGAGAGUGUUGUGGAGGGUUUUGGGUGGGCUGGGCUGUGGGCAGGGAGGAUGAAGUUUCGGUGAGGCCUUUGACUCUGGCAACAAUCGGAGGAUUGUGUGAAUUCGGAAGCACUGGAGAAUUGGUUGAAUUCGGCGUGGACUUGGUUCCUGCCGAGAGUGGUUUGGGCACGCGAGUGAGGGGAGGAGAUUCAGGGAAUACGUAAUUCCAAUGUUCAGCUUGUCGUCGCACGCGCUCUGUGUGCGUGCUUCAACGGCGCAAGUUCCGGCCCAAAUUCCAGCGCAGCAUAUCUUGAAGGCUGUUAAGAUCGCGGAUUCGUCUGCUGGUUUGACAGCCCCCCACCCCAAUGCUGGUUGUGUCAUAGCUCAUGGCCCUCGUGUGGUCGGAGAGGGCUUUCUGUAUGCACAGGGGACGAAGAGCGCAGAAGUUCAAGCCGUGGAAAGAGCCAGGGAUUUAUCGAAAGGAGCCACUGCAUACUUGAACUUGGAGCCUGGAGAUUGCCAUGGAGACGACAGCGCUUUGAAAGCUCUUACACAAGCAAAUUUGUCGAAAGUAAUUAUUGGUCUUCGUCAUCCGCUUACUCAUUUGCGAGGAAAAGCGAUAGAAGCUCUAAGAGCCGAGGGUAUAACUGUGGAGGUUCUGGGCGAGGACUUGAUAGAAGGUGAACAACUCCAGGAAGUUACCAGGGCUUGUCAGUUGAUAAAUGCGCCACUACUAUGUAGAGCUGUCCAACGUUUGCCAUAUUCUGUCCUCAAGUAUGCAAUGACACUAGAUGGAAAAAUCGCAGCAAAUACCGGACAUGCUGCUUGGGUAUCAAGCUCGGAGUCCCGUCGACGUGUGUUUGCCACUAGAGGCAGAAGUGAUGCUGUUAUCGUGGGAGGCAACACAGUACGCCGUGACAAUCCACGGCUAACUACACGUCAAGAUGGGGGCCAUCUUCCAGUUCGCAUCGUCAUGUCAAGAUGCAUGACUCUACCACCGGAUGCGAAUCUCUGGAAUGUUGCCAAUGCACCAACAAUUGUGAUGACUCAACGAGGGGCUCGGCGGGAAUUUCAAGCUCAGUUGGUUGCCAGAGGUGUGGAAGUUGUUGAAUUUGAUUUUCUUACUCCCAAAGCAGUAAUGGAUUAUUGCUUCGAUCGGGGAUUUUUGUCUGUGAUGUGGGAAUGUGGAGGAACACUAUCUGCGCCUGCUAUUGCGUCAGGGGUCAUUCACAAGGUCAUAGCGUUCGUAGCCCCGAAGAUUAUAGGAGGCGUGUUGGCUCCAUCACCAGUCGGGGAGCUGGGGAUGGUAGAAAUGACUCAGGCUCUGAAUUUGUCCGAUGUCGCCUUUGAGCAGACUGGCCCAGACAUGUUGAUCACUGGAUAUCUACAGCCCGUUCCCGCUUUGUAUCCCUCUGUAUCAGCGGCAGUUGAGCUGGCACUUGCAGAUUAUCUUACUCCUUCUACCAAACCUCCAGCAGUUAUCACAUUCUACAAAACCUGGGACCUAUAUGGUGCCUUCUCCAACUUCUCUCCUCAUCCAAUUACGGUGCCAGAUGAAGACGGCAACGACGUUGUCUGGAACAGUGUUGAGCAUUAUUAUCAGGGUCAAAAAUUUAGAGGAGUACAAGAUUCCUUGGCUAUAGAGCGCGUUCUGAAGAUUCAAGUAGCAGCAAGUCCGGAAGAGGCAGCUCGACUUGGACGCUCAUUCGGCAGAGAACGACCAGAUUUGCUGUGUCCUGAUUGGGAUGAAAAGAAGUUGGACGUCAUGUACAAAGCCCUUCGCCUGAAGUUUACUAGCUAUGAAGCUCUAAAAGAAUUGCUACUAUCCACGGCAGGAUCAGUCAUAGUAGAGGCCUCCCCGAAUGAUCUCUUUUGGGGAGCCGGUAGGACAGGAGCUGGACAGAACAAUCUUGGUAUUCUCUUGAUGAAACUUAGAACCGAACUUAUAAAAGAGUCAGAAGGAAACCAGAGUGUUAAGCGGCAAGCAGAUUCUGCUGCAGUAACUGCUUAAACUUUUAUGAGAAAGUUAAGUGGGACUCAAGAACCCCACCCAAUUUUAUCCUGCUAUAGCUCGAGUCAUCGAGUCAUCGAGUCAUUUAGAGAGGAGCUUCAAAUCAAGCACGGCACAUUUGUUAUUAGAUUAUAUAUAUGCAUGUUUGCAAAGUUCAGACAUACUGAUCCUUACACCCGAUUAUGAAGUUUACUGUACAAGUGCUGCCGUAGUGUAUCUGCCAUCAAUUUCCCAUUCUUCUGGUCGGCGUUACGACUUCUGGGCCUCCCGGUGCCAAUGGAGGUUGGGGAAUCACAUCAGUGGUGUAGUCCCAGUCCAGCUUCAGCAGUUUGUCACGAGUACUACGUCCCGUGAGGUUGCAUAAGUUAUGUCUGGAACAGCCGGAACCGAAGAGACAUUCAAGUUGGAUUAGCUGGGCUGGUUUUGUUGGACCAAUCAUGCGCCAGCUGUGCUGGCCUUUUAUUUCUUAAGCAGCGCUACAUUCAAUGAAUUGGCUGGUCCAGGCUUUCAGAUGUAGCGUCAUCAGCCUGUUAUGAAAGUUAAUCAAAAGCAGUUGUUUUUAUGUCCUCC